AUGGCCGCCAAGACCGACGCCAACUGCAUCUUUUGCAAGAUCAUCGCGGGUCAGAUCCCCUCGCUCAAGCUGUACGACUCGGAAAAGACGUACGCUUUCCUUGACAUCGGGCCCAUCUCGGAAGGCCACGCUCUGGUCAUUCCCAAGCACCACGGCGCCAAGCUGCACGACAUUCCAGAUGAGCACCUGACCGAGCUCCUUCCCGUCGCCAAGAAGAUCGCCAUCGCCACGGGAGCCGAGCAGUACAACGUCUUGCAGAACAACGGCCGCAUGGCUCACCAGAUGGUUGAUCACGUUCACUUCCACGUCAUUCCCAAGCCAGACGAGAAGCAAGGUCUGGGCGUUGGUUGGCCCGCUACGCAGCCCGCUGAGGAGGAGCUCACCAAGCUUCAUGAGCAGAUCAAGGGCCGUCUCGAGAAGCUCUAG